AUGUAUACGUACGAACUCAUUCUCACUUCACGCUCCCAAAACGUAAACACAUCCACGCUCGACGUGUUCUUCUUCAACCCUCCUCUCCUUGUUUCUCACAUUACAUCACCGUUCAUAUUGCGGCGAUGAAGGGUAACCGAAACAACGCGAAAUGCUUCGCCAACGUGGUGGCCUUUGUGAUCUUCCAAGUCGCCAUCAUCUUGAUCCUCGCCUUCACCGUGAUGCGCGUGCGCAGCCCCAAAGUGCGCCUCGGCGUGGUGACAGUCGACAGCUUCAGCACCAGCAACGACACUUCUUCUCCUUCCUUCAACAUGAGGCUCACCGCGCAAGUCACCGUUAAAAACACCAACUUCGGCAACUUCAAGUACGGGAACGGCACGAUGAGCCUCGCGUACAACGGCACGGUGGUCGGAGAUGUCGCUAUUGUGAAGGGUCGUGCCAAGGCCAGGGACACCGCGAAGUUCAACGUGACGGUCGACGUGACCUCGGGCCGGCUCACGAGCACGGCGAGCCUUGGGGGGGACAUGAACUCGGGGGUCCUGAUGUUGAGGGGCGACGCAAAGGUGAGAGGCAAAGUCGAGUUACUGAAGGUGAUGAAGAGGAAGAAGAGUGGCGUGAUGGAUUGUUCAUUGAGCGUGAAUUUAGCCACUCGUGCCGUGACUACAAAGUGCAAGUGAUGAUAUGGUGUUUCUAGACGAUAUUGGAUAGUAUAUUUUACCUCGUGUAUUGUUCUUGAUUUAUUUAUUGGUUGUAUAGUUGAUUCGCUGUAGUGACAGAAGAGUUUUGCUUUGUUUA